UUUCCCCGUUUUCCACACACUCCGACGGAGGCCCACGGCAACCCCCCCAGACGCGAGCGGAGCGGCAGCGCUGGCGGACGCUGCUCGGCCCGCGGCAUGCACAGGACCCGCAGCUGAGCCAGGCCGCGCGCCGCCCCGGGGCCGGCACCAUGCCGCGCUGCUACCUCGUCAAGAAGGCGGCCACCAAGCACCCCGCGGGGCCGGCCUCGUCGGGACGCUGGCCGUACCGCGAGCCCCUCAGCCCCAGCGAGGCCGAGACGGCGCCCUGCGCUCCCCUCUUCGGCGACCAGGUCGCCGACGAGCGGCCCGCAAUCGUCACCUCGGCCGCUUUCGGGCGCACCAGCCCCACUGCCGGUUUCAUCCAUGACUACUCAACGGGCCAGCUGGCCCUGGGUGCGGAAAGCCUGGUGGCGCCCGAGCGGGCCGCCGCGUACAGCCCACUGCGCGAUGAGCCGCGGGUGCUGGACCUGAGCGGACCCGAGUUCUACUCGAGACCUCCGCUGGGCUCGGCACCUCCGCCACUGGCCCCGGUGCAGGCGGCCGAGCCAUCGAGCGAAGGAGGGGCACGCAGCAGCAGCCCGGCCUCCUCGUCAUGCUCGUCCGCCUCGUUCGGCGCCGCCCGCAGUGGGGCCGUGACCGUGAGUUACACGUACGACGCCUUCUUCAUCAGCGAUGGCCGAUCCCGGCGCCGUACGACUGUCUCGGGCCUGCCGGGCACCACGCGGCGCCCCGCCACCGAGGACCGGCCGCGCUACACGUGCGGCGAGUGCGGCAAACACUACGCGACCUCGUCGAACCUGUCGCGCCACAAGCAGACGCACCGCAGCCCGGACUCGCAGCUGGCCAAGAAGUGCCCGACGUGCGCCAAGGUGUACGUGUCCAUGCCGGCGCUGGCCAUGCACGUGCUGACGCACAACCUGAGCCACAAGUGCCCCGUGUGCGGCAAGGCGUUCUCGCGGCCCUGGCUCCUGCAGGGCCACAUGCGCUCGCACACCGGCGAGAAGCCGUUCGGCUGCGCCCACUGCGGAAAGGCGUUCGCCGACCGCUCCAACCUGCGCGCACACAUGCAGACGCACUCGGGCCUCAAGCACUUCCGCUGCGCGCGCUGCCACAAGUCGUUCGCGCUCAAGUCCUACCUCAACAAGCACCUCGAGUCGGCCUGCUUCAAAGACGGCGGCGCGACGCCUUCGCCGCCUUCUCCGGCGCUGCCGCCCGCCGAACACCACCAGCUGGGUCCCGCCAUGGCCGCCGUUUUGGGCCUCGCCACCUAAGACCUCUUGGCUCUCCUCCGUGGGGCUCUCCUCCUCCCGCGUUGCCGCCACCUCCUCCGUGGAGCGCUUGUCCUUUUUUUGUUGCUCCGCCCACUGCAAAGCUAAUACGAGGUAGGAAACACACACACGCGACACUCGAAAGCAUGUUGCACUCACGCCUCGUUAACAAUGGCGUCCGUUACCACAGGUAUGAAACACGCGCGCGCGCGAGAGAGAAGAAACCGGUGCCCUUGUUCCUUUUAUGAGUUUUAAGAAGAAAUAAUCGCUUUCGCUGAGAUAACAUUCAAUCGCUUCUAAAACGCAUGCAAAGUGCACUGCGAAACCCUGUAAACCUACUAAGUUAAUCUUGUGCAAUUCUUUCACGAUCAACGUCUCUGACGGCGACCGUGUGUACAUCUCUUGACCAAAAUAAUGAUGCAUGCUCGCGAAUUAGACGUGUUUUCGUGAGUUACUACUACAUGUCCACAAAACAACGAUAAAUACCUGGCGUUUCUCCAGUAAUGUGGUUAGACGUGCUCAGGCAUUUCAUUCACUUUUGCUGCUAUGCAAACGUGUACACAGUGAAUCCCUCGUUUGCUACGUAGAGAAAUUAUUGUUGGCGUAAGGAAAUUUUAUCUUGCGCGGGCUGCGGUAGACUUCAUAGUGUACAGGACUUCCCGGCUAUAUACAGCCUUCAUUUUAUAGCGCGGUCUAAAGACUACACGCAUUAGGAUAGGAACAAAACGUAAAAGUUAUAUUUUAAUUACAUGCUGUCAGGAAAAUGUGAAACUCGUAGGGGUAUGGCGCAGUAAAGCUAAAGCUGCCCUAGGCAACUGAGUAACGUGAUAACACAACUACAACGUAUUUCUAACAUCCAGAUUUUCUUCAUGCUUUCUGGGGCAUUCUAUAUUCUUAGAAUUAAUGAACGAGAAAUUUCUGAAAAAAAAAAUUGGCAUCGCCGCCUUUAUCCUAACCUUAACUCCACUUGAAUUUAUCGACGGCGCCUCUCCUGGCGUCUGUUGCGGGCCAUCCACUGGUGAGAGGGAAAAUUGGCGGCCUAAAGACCACCUCACCCCUUCACCUUUCCUGCACACGGCUAUAAGCAGCCCAUUGCGCGAGAUCCACGGAUGUUUUCGUUUCAUGGGAGGGGAAAAAAAAAAAAAAAGGUGUGCGCAGGUCAAUACACAUGUUUCCGCGCAGGUGUUCAGCGACAAUCGAUGAAGGCAGCAUGGCGUAGCUUUUUGAACGCACUAUCCGUCCGUACAACACGAGCCCGCUAUGCUGUAGAGCGGACAACUUGAUUUCUUUGCGUUAGUUGGGUGUCGUUCUCCCUCAACCCGUAGUAGUAUACUCCCGUCUUCCCUCUUCAAUAGGCUCCUCAUGAUGUUCUUCCACAGAAGUUAGAAUUCAUCCCUCCUUACAGUGAAAAAAAAAAUAAAGAUACUACGUAGUAAGUCUUCCGUUUUUCAAGUCUGAAAUGUAACUUCCUAUUCUAUACUUUCAUGCUGUCAGCAAAAAAAGUGCAGAAUAGUUACGCGCUCUUUACGAGUUUCAAGGUUCCAACAUUUUCCCCGCAUCACGUAACCUGUACCAUAUGCUACGAAAUUUUUUUUCGCUUGCUAAAAAGAAAAUUGACCAUAGUUAUCUUCCGUAACAUCGUAUAUAGAAGUGGCAACACUUUUUUUCUUCCCUUCUUUUGUCCCCAACUCCAUGACACUGGCCUGUGUGUAGUCGCUCCCGCUUUGAUACGCUACAUAAGUUCGAGGCGCGAUCAUUAUCCUCGACUCUAUUUUGAAUACGCAACGCGAACGCAAGUUAGAAGCCACGUGCGCUUCGUUCGCUUCUAUGCUCCGACUUCCACGCCGCGUGUCGAGAUCACGGGGACAAAAUGUAGCUUGUAAAUAAUGCGAGGUCGUAGAUACAGCCGCGUCUAACGCCAUAUGCGGACCACUUUUGAGCGUUAUUCAGUGAAACACGUUUCUUAAGUACGUUGGAACCGACAGCGCUUGAUUAAAGCAGGUUACUUUCGAACAGUAAUUCCAAUUGAAGAUUAGGGCAUCAUAUCGGGUAGUGUGUGAGUUAUGGAACCAAUGGCAGAGGGUUGAGUCAGUGCAGAGCAAUCGGUUUAGAAGGGAAAUUACAAUUAUCGUUAGAGAAAACAACAAAAGCAAGGACCAUUUUUCAAAUGUAUGAUUGCCUCUAAGCAAAUCGAGAAAAUGCCAGUUUCUUCAUAAAGGGAUGCAAAAUAUCGUGCCACAUGUUUUUUUUUUGUAUUCCUAUUAGCAAUGAUUCUGACUCAAGUAUAAUCUCCGGCAAAGAAAUAAGCAGCCGGCAUAGUAACUAUUUUUUAGGUCACAAAUGACGCAGUUGACGUGUUAGUCUUCAAUGCGUUCUAAUAUAGACAAGAGUACCUCUUCUUUCCUUGUCCCGAACAGGACAGAAGAUAACUCUCAAUUUUCAACCCGUAUACUCGAGCCCGAAGGAAUUAAACUGAAACAAAGUGCGUACUUAGGAAGCACAGCCUAACGACACCCACUAGGCAAGUGGCGACUGAGCCACGUUGCGACUGCUGGCAGGGAUUGAAUUUCAAAAAAAUGUGACAGCUUCUUAUGAGCUAUCAAAAGUCAGAGGCACAACUGUUGCCACAGCGUCAGGUGUCGAAGUCGCUUGUACAUUUGUAUAUAGAAAUGUAGCUAGACUUACCCGUAGAAGCAGUUAACCAGUGAGAUCUAUCAUGAGUAACAUUCAAAGAGGUGCAGGCUUACUUACAAGAAGCACUUUGCUUCACUCACUUUUUUCUCCGCUGGAAGAUAUUUCCCAUUCAUAUAGAAUUAGAAGAAACGCUAAGCUUAUGUUACUCCAGUUAAGUGGGGAAAAUGGCAGGUUGCCGUCGAGCAAUGUUCCGUUAGAGCCAACUGAUAGGGCUCGCAUGAUGACUGGUGCUGAUGAAUGUAAGGAAAUAGCGCGAUAAGCUGGAGUCUCUUCGGGGGAGAAACAUCUGAACGGGAGAGGAUUCUAUGAGAUGAAGUGCCACUCGAUUAUAUUGCGCAGAAGGGAUUCGGCUACACCGCUUGCUCUUCGGCAGCCGUAUUUCACUCCGAAGAACAUGAGCACAGAAGUGCACGCGGUGAAGCUGACUUCACAAGAAUUAAGCGGCAGCAAUAGGUGUCUGAGCAAAAAAAUUGCACGUCUGUAACCCAGUGCCGUUGGCAGUGCUGCAUGGAGCAGUUGAAGGCGCGGUGUGGUACCUAAAACUCGUGCUUAGCUCUGGAGAGACGAUUAAGCAUAUUACUCUAAAUUUUCGCUGUCGAUAAGCUUGAAGAAUUAUUUCUAAUGAGCCUGAAGGCUUAUGAAGAGGUCUGCUGCAGACGUCAACUACUAUUGUGUCAAUAGUAGUUGUGACACUAAACCCAAUGUUCAACUGCUUGUGCUCCCUUGUACCGUCCACACCGUAGUUGUACGCUCUUUUAGUUCGAAUGUUUCCUAAGGUGAAAAAUAAAAUAAUUGUGAUAUUUUGAUCUCAUUUUACGUUUUGUGUAUAGACGAGCCUGCUUUAUGUACUCAUUUUCUGCAUACCGGUGUAUUUUGUUAUUAGAGUUGCUACUUUAGCUUUGUUUAUAUCUGCUUAAAACCGGUUUCUCAGCAAUAAACAUUCAGACUCUGUUAUGCGAUUUGAUAACAAACUAAACCGUAAUAAUGGCUGUUGGGCAACAUAUUUAUUAGUUGCAAUCCUUCCCCACGAGAAAUGGCAAAUCAAUAAGAAUAAUGUGCUAUUAUGUUCUCUUUUAUUUUUCUUAGGUAAGGUAAAAGCGCGUUCGAUAUGUUUUAGACAAUUCAUUGCAGUCAGGGCUUUGUACAGAUUGAAAAGAAUCCUGCGUCGUUACAAGGGUUGAUAUUUUGUAAUUCAGAAAAAAAAUCCAAUAUUGCGCUCAAUAAAUCUCGGUCCUUGACCGAGCCUCCACGUUUCAAACGAACUACAUUGCGUCAGCUAUCGGCGUUUUGGUAUGUGGCGGAACGCACUAUUUGUGGUGUAAAGUAGAGUGUCAUUGUUGUGGUUAAUAAAGGUGUGCGAAUUGCUUCAGUUACCGGACUUAUCGGACAAUAACAUGGAUGUAACUUGAUAAGACUAGCAAUAACUUUUCAAACGAGAUUUAUAUUUACACUGUGGCUGUAUGCAUGAAAGGUGCACCAUCAGCGCAUAGCGCAGAUUAUAUUAGCCGCGUCGAGCUGCCUGAUAGGAAUCAGAUCAAAUUACACGUCUAUAAUAAUUUACCCUUCUCUGGCUCAUCACAACAAAGCACUAUCUGCUGGGAGUUGAGGACGCGCGGUCGGUGCUUCUGGAACUGCGCUUCUUUCUUCUAUUUUUAUAGAAUGAGUUGAGCUCAACAUUGUUAGUUUUCAUUCGCAACAUAAUAGGGUAUAACUUUACGCGAUAUUUAAAGAAUGAUCCUGCAGAAGCAGGAAUAAUAACUUAUUGGGACCGAAUAACGGGAGACGAAAAUCAGUAGACGCAGUAAAGAUAACCAGCUUCAAGUCGUGACAGUCGUUGUUCGUCGCUGUAUCGUGAAAGUGUAUUCUACCAACUCGCUCGAAGCUACACCCUUCUCAAAGAUAACGAAGGCGUCAUGUAGCCUAUGCUAACUCAUUUGCGUUAUUUUGGGAAAAGUAAUCUCGGAAGUUGAACAGAAUAGACACAAGUUAACUGAAUGAACGCAGAUAAAAACUCCGUGAAUAAGACCUGUUUUGAACGCUGAAAAUCAAUGUAGAAUACGACUUUUAACGUAUUCAUCGUUAUAGUCAAAACAUAGCAAAUGUCCAGAGCAUACCAGCAGCAGUGCUCAGCCUCAAGCGAAGUGGCAGAGAGCGCAGAUGAGUUUCGUGCGAGCACUUCAAUACAGGGUCGCCUUUCAACGCGUUAGUGAUGGCCCACAUUCGCACACCUUUACGUGACCUGCUGUGUUUGCCGUAGUAUAGUUCGCAUAGCAAUAACCUGGCUGAAACGUGCAAUCUUCGAGAGCGAAGUGCAUUAGCGCUAUAUAGACAUCACGUAGUCUCCUAUGCAAUCCCGACAAAGAGAGACCGAGCUGUUCCACACGCUACAAAGUCCUCGCUCCCUCGGGGACCGCUCGUAUACGCUCGGAUCCCUUCCCGGGUUCGACCCGGCUGUGUUCUCCUUUAAUUCUGCAACGACCGCUGUCUAGUUUUGGGUGUUACUGAUGCUGCAUCUGACUUUCUAGCGAAGGCCUUCCCGGUGUUCCGCGAUGGAAUCUUUGUUUCCGCGGUCCCGUAGUCAUUGCCAAGCGCGCUCUUGUAUCGAGAAGCUAGGAAAUAGUGCUAGGCGUGCCUCACCGUUCCGCAGUAGAGAGCCACCGGAGAGGCUUUUGGUUCGACCCUUCGCCGGGGCGCUGCGCCCCGGCGGCUAGACAGCUUCCCAACUACAGUCGUCUUUGCCUCAAAGCAAUCGACAUAUUCGACCAGCAAUAAUACAUUGUACAGUUUGUCACGCAGUGCGCCCCGUUGCGCAUGCGAAUAGGUGUAGCCAGGGCGCAGUGGAUGCUUGGCUUACAGCAUCGCGCGCGGUUGUGUAUAGUCCUCGACGCCUGUGCGCCGCUUUCCCAGCAACGAUGUAUACCGCUGAGACAGCAAGCGGUGUGAUAGGAUACGCUUUGCUUUCUUUGCCACUGUACAGAUGGUUAUACAGGCACUACUUUAUACUUCAAAGUAGAGACAAUCGAAAUAGAAUUGUGUCCAGUGCCGACGAGAAUGUACCGUGUGGCUUCUGCUUUGUACAAAUGCUUCGUAAACGUCUGUUUUUUGUAUAUACGCGCCGGAAUGCGAGUGUUUCUCGUUUUGUGCUUGUGCCGGUGUGCUUUCGUGUUACGAUUUCUCUCUUCGCUAAUGCGGUUCGCCUAUGUCAGCUGUAAUAUACGUAGCUGUCUGGAGUGGUGAUUUGAAGUGCAUUCACAAUCUGCUAUACUUGGCUGGCUCUGCUAAUGCGUCCUGCUAUCACUCCGUCAUUCAGUAUUCCUUCGCUGUUUAUGAGUUAAAAGGCAUGACGAGCGUCUUUUGUUACUAAAUCUUCCGUUCACUUUCAAUAGGGAAACCGGGAUCGCAGAACUAAUCCGAAUCGAUGAAAAGGUAUCCAGUGCUUCCACUUCAUUUUAUGAGCAACACAUAAGUGGCAUUUGCGAUGCAUUCAAGAAAUUUUCUUUUGUAAUAUCCCAAUAAAUUGUGCUAACUUCUCGCCGAUAUCGAGCACUAUCAGUGCUAAACGCUGUAUCUAAAAAAUCAUGUGGGUGAGAAGGGGGGAAUUACGGUGAAAGCGAUCUAGUUGCUUUUGCACAAAUAGCCACCGCAUUAAACCGAAAUCUCCUCAAAUAGCCUAAAUGUCACAGUUCAAAUGCGGGGAACGUAAAAAAAAAAUCCACUCGUACAUUUUCACUUAGCUUUCAAGCAAUGAAGUAAAACGCACAAAUUAAGCACUGCCUGCUAAUACUUAAAUUUGUUGCGUGUGUAACUGUGUUAAAAAAGAAAGAAAAAAAAAACAGGAGCUAAUCAGUCGACAAUGUUAUGCAAUAAAGUUUGAAGUUGUGUUGGGCACGAUAUGUCCCGUAUUUGAGCGCAAGUCUGGAUGAUGGCAACUUACCCAUGACAGCAAAUGAGACAGUCUCGGAGUUAGGCGUCUUUUAUCUAAGCAAUAUGCAUAGACGUCGAGAAAAAAGCCGUAUACAUGGCUACGUUACUUUUGAAUACUGGCCAGUGUAGGGUUGUUGAAUGACGUAGCAGGAAAGGGGCAGAAGUCAAGCCAAGUCAUUCUGCGCGCUUUAACGUGAACUGACUAUAUAGAGCGCUUCGCCGCUAUGUCGCUAACGUCGUUCUUACUGUUAUAGAUUUGAUGAGCGUAUAUGAAUAGUAGUUACAAAGUGUGUUUGUGAGUGUUACAUAGGACAUUCUGACUGCGCAAUUUUUUUCUUCGCGGAGUUCUCUGGCGGUGGACGUGUCCUGUUGAGGUCAAGCAGCAAUGCUUUCAGCUUGAUGAAACUUUAAAUGUUACGCUCAUUCGAGCAGCCUGUCCGUGGCUAUAGAGCAAGGAACUGCCAGGUAAUUUGAUAUGCUACAUAAUCCUGCUUCGAGUGCGUGAACCGAUCGUUUGCGGCAGAAACAUUAUAUAUCUCGUGCAUUAGAGAAAUCAGCUAUUUCAAAUGCCCUAAGCAUAACAUCUUUCUCGUUCAUUUUGCUGCCGAACGUCUUUCGGACCGUUAUAAGUCGGCAGAAGGCUUAAGGUUAUGUAAUAAAGCUGAUCGUCUAUUUCGCCUAACUACCACUUGGCGAGUGGGUACUUUAGCCCGAAUAGGUGGCUUAGUCAACAUGAGCCUUCGUUCGUAACCGUUUGUUUGUGUAGCAUGAAAUUGAGUUCGAAGAGACGUAAGCAAUUGUACAGCAGUAGGAGCAGUUCCUGGGCUGUAAUAAAGAUUUCAGUGGGUAUUACUAAGCUCCAAAUUAUGCACAAUCGUAUAGUGGUAAAGCAUGUGAUGUCAAUCCUGAAAUUUACAGUGACACGCCAUGUUGGCUCACACGCAUGGAAAAGACAUUCUAAGUAAAAGCAGGAAUAUUACGUGGGAAGAUUGAAACAUUUUUAAUGCUUUCUUAUAAGGAAAUGGAGAAAGAAUAAUAUUAUCAAACAUUAUUUACUGCAUUUCGCAGCUUAAAAAAACUUCUAUGUAAAGAAAAAAAUGGUGUUAGGCAAAGCCUAGACUGGUAACGAUUAAAUUUGUUACGUCUGAAAAUUAGCGAAUUUGAAGUGAGUUUUUGUGAUAUUGGUCUCACUAAACAUUUUUCACGACACCAAAAGCAGCGACAAAAUAGCUCGCUGUGCUGUUGACUGUGUAAAUAGUGCUGUCCUUUGCGAGUCACCAGCUUGAAGGAAGAAAUGCUUGGCAACGGUUAGCAAUAACAUUUGCGCGCACAUAAAAAGAUGUAUAACUGUUUGUAACCACUUUCAGCCCCGCCUAUUUCACAAGAUCGCAUUCAACCGGUUGUGUAAACACAGUAGUCGCUACGCUGUACAUGAAAGCGCAAGCAAUAAAUGCAUAAUGCUAAAGUUUACUCGCCAACCCUACGUAUCCAUGGCGCUUGUACCGUACGCCGCUAUCGGCUCCUCACUCUGUUAAUCUACACAGUUAUGUUUCCCGAGAGCUUCUUGCAAUCGCAUUGUACAAUCGCAUUGUACAAUCGCAUUGUACAAUCGCAUUGGCAAUCGCAUCGGCAAUCGCAUUGGCAAUCGCAUUGCCUGCGGCAUUUGUCGGUAAGCAGCAUACAAAUCUGGCCGAUAACGGCUACAGGAAAUUCUGAGUCGAUCACGAGCACGAGGUCUUUUUGCAGCAAUAAAUAAUAUUUAAUGUAUUGACAACACCUGUACCUUAAACUAAAGCAAUAAUUUUACCGCUUGCGGACCUUUGAAUAAGCGUAUAGGCUAUACGAGUUUUGCUAGUUUUUGCUUUCACGCCUGUAAGCUGGCUAUGCAUGGACGACUAUAUACUAAGAGGCAUGCGUUGGUUAUUUUAUUAAGGUUAAAGAGAACGUAGGUGAUACGAAAAGAGACUAAGCAAUAAGGCUGCCUGAAUGCUGCCAAAAAGAGCGAAUUGUUUUCGUUGUAAGCGUUUCUCUUCUUGUAGUGUACAUCUCUCUUCAAGACUGCAUGAUAUUCAAUUGUACAUCUGCUGUAAGACUCUAUUGCAUGCGUAGCAGUGCACUGUACAAAAACUAAAUUCGUCUAGUUUUUAUUGUAGGUGCAUGUCUUUGACAAAAUGUAACGACCAGGUCGCACUGAUUGCGACCUUCGCUUCAGGUUUGACAUCAACGAAAGCCCUUUACGUGGAGUUCUGGUGCAUGUUGCCGACUGAAGUUAGUCUUCAGACCACGGCUUCUUUGUGUCCAUGUCCACGCCAGUAUUAAACUAAGUGCUAAUAAAAAAAAGUUGGUGUUAGCGUGUUGAGAGUGUUGUUUUCGAGAGUUCCGAAGCAGUGUUCACUGCUGAGGCGCUGUUAUUCAUAUUUCUGUCAAUAUCAAGCGCCUCAAGCAAGAAAACAAUUACUCUUAGAAGACACGAGCUCACAUGUUCACAAAUGUUUGAAGAUACAUGUGCUAUUAAUAAAAUUGAUAAAUGCUGCACUGCAAGACAGGGGCAUAGCCAGGAACGUGAAUUUGAAGAUAUUAUAGAUUCCAGAAUUCACGGCAAAGGGGAGUCAUAAACAAAACGUCAGGCAUAUUCUAUAAAAAUAAGCAUAAGAAGUGGCAGUAAUAGAAAAAAAAUUAGGAGAAAUUUACCUUUACCGACCGAAAUGUGGUCUUCCACACUCCCCAUGACUGGCUUCGUCACUGGUUGUAGAACGUCUUAGAAAAUUAUGUGGAUAACCUUAUAAAAAUAACGAGGAAAGAAAGAUUUUUUUUCUGUUUUAUGAACGACGACAGAAAGUACAUUAGUUAUGAUGCGCAUUUCAGAAAAUCAACAUUUUUUGAUAUUGUUAGUCUGGGAUUUCACGUCACUUGGGCGGGUUCUAUUCCAAGAAAUGCGAUAAUGUGAAGCCCAGGUAAUUCUUACAACUCCCAAAGAGCCUCAACUAUUGCUUUAUGCCCUGUUUUGUGUGGAUUUUAUUCAUGUUUGAGACCCAAGUUUUUAUGUAUGUACAUGUAUGUACGUAUAUGUAUGCAUAUGUAUGUACACGUCAAUAAAAUUGCUGUUCUCUCUUUUCCGUUCGAUGUAAUUAUACAUAAUAAAAUAAACACUACUAUAUUGUGUUAGAUAAAAAUGUGGCAGAGUAAUGUUCACUUUUCAGAAUAUUUAUUUUAAAGAUAAGAUGUCACGGCUAUUGUUUUGAAAGUUGUUUUAUCAAUUGUUUUGUGAACUCCUUGAAAAAAGAGCGAAAUAAAUAGUCUUU